AGAAUUCAAAGUUCAAACGGUACAGUGACUGUGCCAUAUUCAAACCAGCAAUCAAUCCACUUUCCUUCUCAAUCGAUCUCAAACAACAAGAGGAGUAAAAUACAAAGAUUUAUUGAAGAAUCGUGAAGAAUCCUAAGUACAUUGCGAGGAGUCCAGUAGUUCAGAAUCGGAAGAAAAAGUUAACCGUUCGAUUGAAGAAAGAUAUGGUGGCUGUUAAGGGCAGAUUGGAUACUCGUAGAGAGAAAACGGCAGAUAAACAAAAGAUGAGCAAGCCCGUAGGAGAAGUAAGCAAUUUCAAGAUAUAUGUGGAAGUUGACACUCUUAACAAUCGAACCAAAAGACAGUCUGCUACAUGUAAAACUGGAGGUUAUGUUCUAAAUGCCAAUGAUUCAAAGAGUGGUGUCAAGAAUUCGGAGAAGGGAAAAAGUAAACCAUUUAAAUCUUUGACUUCUAGAGUUGAAAGGAAAGUUUUGUCUGAUAUUGGCAAUGGGAACUGCACCUUUUCAAAAACUGACCAAGGAAAAAUCUCUAAAUCUGGGAAGGGCAAAGACAAGGUGGUGUUGCUUCAAAAAAGUGGUGCUGUUGAUUUGGGAAAGAGGGACAGUAGUUUGUCAAGCAAACUUUCUGCGGAAAUCGUAGCUCUAGAUUCAACCAAAGAUACAGAUCAGAUUUCAAAGAACCUUGUCAAAGAAAAUGUUAAGACUAUCUCUGGUGAGCCAAGGAUGAAAGCUCAAAGCCGUAACUCACUGACUACAACUGUUACCGGAAGGAAAUCAGUUAGAAAUACUAUUCUGACAAGGAAAUCAUUGCCAACAAUAAAGCAGGCCAGCAGAGUAGAAACAAGUGGCACAACAAAGGGAAAUUCUGAGAGGUCAAGUAACUUUAGGGUAAAACAUGGAUUCCCUGUUAACACCAACUCUAGGGCAAGUGUUGCACCAAAACCGAGCAAUCCUAGUCGCCGUCCUUUGGGGAGUAGAGUUAGUGAUGGCUUCAGAUCAAUGCCACCGAGGGCUGAAACCAAAGUGGAAGCUGGAGUGAGAUCUAGAAAAUCUAUUAAACUGACUGGAGAAAGAACAACUACAGCUCUCAGCACUCGAAGAAAUUCGAAACCAAUCCAGAUAGCCACUGUAAAGAAAGUGACUUCUCGACCAGCAGAUUUAUCCAAGAGAAAGGAGGACAAGGUUUCUGUAAUAAAAAACAUUCCUUCUGUUGUAUCCCAAGUUGAACCUGCCCAUGAGGAGGAUAUUUCUAGCACUAGUGUUCAAAGGAGAAGAUCUGAUCGCAGGAAUUCAUUUAUUUCGUCACUAAUGUCCAGAUCAAAGUUGCUUAAAGAAUGUAGUAAAGUUGCAUCCCAGGAAACUCUACCAGAUAUAUAUGAUGAUCGUAACCAUCUUGAAGUUUCUGAUUACGUUGAUGAUAUAUACCAAUACUAUUGGGUUAUGGAGGCACAGAAUCCUUCGCUGAAGAACUACUUGGAAACACAAAAAGAUAUUGCACCACAAAUGCGUGGUAUAUUAAUCAAUUGGCUUAUUGAGGUUCAUCAAAGGUUUGAGUUGAUGGAGGAAACACUUUUCCUCACUGUUACACUCUUAGAUCGAUACCUCUCCAUCGACUGCAUUAAGAAGAAUGAAAUGCAAUUAGUGGGCCUUACUGCUCUCCUGUUGGCAUCCAAAUAUGAAGACUUUUGGCAUCCCCGGGUUACUGACUUAAUAAGCAUCUCAGCCGAGUCAUAUACUAAGGAUCAAAUGCUGAAAAUGGAAAAGAUAAUCUUGAAGAAAUUGAAGUUCCGUCUUAACCAGCCAACUGCCUAUGUUUUCAUGCUUAGAUUUCUCAAGGCGGCUCAAUCUGACACAAAGCUUGAACGAUUAGCUUUUUACCUCAUUGAGCUAUGCUUAGUCGAAUAUGAAGCCUUGAACUACAAGCCCUCAAUGCUCUGUGCAUCUGCAAUCUUUGUUGCACGAUGCACAAUGGGAUUGAGUCCGCGAUGGACUCCACUACUAACGAAACAUACACGUUAUGAAGAAUCCCAAAUCAGGGGUUGUGUGGAGAUGAUACUCAAGUUUCACAAAGCAGCCAAAACAUCUGUGUUGAAGGUCACUUCUGAGAAAUAUGCAAAGCUCGACCGCUCCAAGGUUUCUGCAACUAUAAAGCCUCUGGACAGGCUUCCUUCAUGAUAGAUGAGAUGCCUCUCUCCCUGCUCAACUGCGAUGAAGUUGUAUCACAAGAGUGUGUAUGUAUUAUGUAAACAUAGUUGUUGGUCGGAUGUAGCGUUGCUAACAUAGAAUAUCACAAAAAGUAUGGGGCUAUUAUUCUUGUGUUGAAAUUAGAAAAAGAUGACGACUUCAUCAUCUCUGUUUUUAUGUUGAUGGAAAAAUUUUAAAUUCCAGAACAUAGUCACAUGUAAUGAUGAUUUUUGCCUAUAUGCAACGCAUAUAUGGAGAUCCUCUUUUCAUUCCAA